AUGAAUUCUUCCUGUGAUCCUUGGAGUAGUUCAACAAAAGUCCAGGAGAAUACCUCCGAAGAGUUUGAAGAUAACUUUGCGGAAAUAAACACUAUUGAAAAAUUGCCAGACUCGGAUGCAUACUUAGCUUCAUUGGAAAAGAAGUUGGCUAGAAUCAAAAGUGGCAAAGGGAAUAAAAAAACUGAAGGGAAAGAGCUCCUGAAGUCCUUGGAAGAAAGCAAUGAUUCAUGCAUGUAUAGAUUGAUCUCUGGCGACUCUUAUUCAAUCACAGACCAAGAUCUUCAGCUUGAUACUCCAACUAAUCUUAGACUAUCAAGCAAGUGGUUGAACCCGGAGCAAGCUCUCACCGUAGGGGAGCUUGUUGAACUGGUGAACGCUGAUUAUCUAGCUCAGGCCAGCUGUGAUAACAAUUCAGAAGAUAAAACAGAGGAGAACUGUACCGAAUAA